GGCUGCGAGGCGCUGGAAAGGCGGGCGGGGGGGAGAGACGCCGCCAGCGCCGCCCCGGGACCCGUUAGAGCGGAAGCACAGCCGUCGCCGCCUCUGCCGUCGCUCGCGGGGUUCCCGGCAGGUGAAGCGGGCACCAUGUCGAAGCGGCUCCGGAGCAGCGACGUGUGCGCCGACUGCAGCGGGCCUGAUCCUUCCUGGGCGUCAGUAAAUAGGGGAACUUUCAUAUGUGACGAGUGUUGCAGUGUCCAUCGGAGCCUGGGGCGCCAUAUCUCCCAAGUGAGGCAUCUUAAACACACAGCAUGGCCUCCAACCCUGCUCCAGAUGGUUGAGACCUUGUACAACAACGGUGCUAACUCUAUAUGGGAACACUCUCUGCUGGACCCUGCCUCUAUCAUGAGUGGGAGGCGGAAAGCUAACCCACAGGACAAAGUUCACCCCAAUAAAGCAGAAUUCAUCAGAGCCAAGUAUCAGAUGUUAGCGUUUGUCCACCGAUUGCCCUGCCGCGAGGAUGACAGCGUGACAGCCAAAGAUCUCAGUAAGCAACUCCAUUCAAGUGUGAGAACAGGGAACCUUGAGACCUGUCUGAGACUGUUGUCUUUAGGAGCCCAAGCCAACUUCUUUCAUCCUGAAAAAGGCAGCACUCCACUCCACGUCGCCUCCAAAGCAGGACAGACCUUACAGGCUGAAUUACUGGCCGUGUACGGAGCUGACCCAGGCACACAAGAUUCUAGUGGGAAGACGCCUGUUGACUAUGCCAGGCAAGGAGGGCACCAUGAGUUGGCAGAACGCCUUGUAGAAAUACAGUACGAGCUGACGGAUAGACUGGCCUUCUACCUCUGCGGCCGGAAACCAGAUCAUAAAAGCGGACAGCACUUUCUAAUCCCUCAGAGGGCAGACAGACGGCUCAGCCUGGAUUUGUCUGAGUUGGCAAAAGCUGCAAAGAAGAAACUUCAAUCUCUGAGUAAUCAUUUGUUUGAAGAACUUGCCAUGGAUGUGUACGACGAAGUUGACAGGCGAGAGACAGAUGCAGUCUGGCUUGCCACACAGAACCACAGUACCUUGGUAACCGAGACGACCGUCGUCCCUUUCCUUCCAGUCAACCCCGAGUACUCCUCCACACGAAACCAGGGCAGACAGAAAUUAGCUCGGUUUAACGCCCACGAGUUUGCUACGCUGGUCAUCGACAUCCUUAGUGACGCCAAGAGGAGACAGCAGGGCAGUCCUCUGUCCAGGUCAAAAGACAAUGUGGAGCUCAUAUUGAGAACAGUCAGUACCCAGCACAGCACUGAGAGCCAAGACAACGACCAGCCAGACUAUGACAGCGUGGCCUCCGAUGAAGACACAGACGUGGAGACCAGGGCAAGCAAGGCAAACCGGCAGAAGAGCCUAGAUUCAGAUUUGUCAGAUGGACCAGUCACUGUGCAGGAAUUUAUGGAGGUCAAAAGCGCCCUAGUGGCUUCUGAGGCCAAGAGACAGCAGCUAAUGAAGGUGAAUAACAACUUGAGUGACGAGCUGAGAAUUAUGCAGAAAAAGCUUCAAACUCUCCAGAGUGAGAACUCAAGCCUCAGGAGACAGGCCACAGCCAGUGCCUGUCAGGUGCAGACUGGCUCUGACCACAAGGACACUGCAAGCCACUCGUCCCUAAAGCGCCGUCCAUCUGCCCGGGGCAGUAGACCCAUGUCCAUGUAUGAGACUGGAUCAGGCCAGAAGCCAUACCUCCCAAUGGGAGAAGCCAGCCACCCUGAGGAGAGCCGGACGAGACUUCAACCCUUCCCCACACAUAUUGGGAGGAGUGCACUUGUGGCCUCCUCUUCGUCUCUGCCCUCCUUCCCCUCCACACUUUCCUGGUCCAGGGACGAAAGCGCCCGAAGGGCCUCCAGACUGGAGAAGCAGAACAGCACCCCGGAGAGUGACUAUGACAACACUGCCUGUGACCCUGAGCCAGACGACACGGGGUCAACCCGGAAGGGACGGCAGCGGAGCAUGCUCUGGCAAGGUGAUGGCUUAUUGCCAGACACAGCAGAGCCCCACUCGGUCCCCAGCCCUGCCCUCCCCAGCACAGAAGACGUCAUCCGGAAGACCGAGCAGAUCACCAAAAACAUCCAGGAGCUCCUGCGAGCAGCCCAGGAGAACAAGCAUGACAGCUAUAUUCCCUGCUCAGAGAGGAUACACGUUGCUGUAACCGAGAUGGCAGCCCUGUUCCCCAAAAAACCCAAGUCUGACACAGUAAGGACUUCCCUCCGCCUACUCACGUCCAGUGCCUACCGGCUCCAGUCGGAGUGCAGAAAGGCUCUCCCAGGAGACUCCAGCUUACCCACAGAUGUGCAGCUGGUCACACAGCAGGUCAUCCAGUGUGCCUAUGACAUCGCCAAGGCCGCCAAACAGCUGGUCACAAUCACCACCAAAGAGAACAGCAGCUGAGCUCGGGCACUGUCCGCCUGCCUGUAGACUACACACGAACUCUUCAGAUUUUUACAAAACAUUUAAUGAUUUCAGACUUUUUAAAAGAAAACUCAGUAUUAUUUUUUGCAUGUUUUCUAACAGAUUUUUGACUGUAAUUUAACCCUUGCCUUAUUUGUGCCUAUUUGCAACUUAGUUCUGUCCUGUCAGAUUGUCACCAAGUGCUUAGGUCAUGACCCCAUGUGUUCAAAAGUCAUUUCUCCGUGUGUGUUAUAACUUUCCUCUCCUUUACAAUCUCUACCCAUGCCUAAAGCUAUAAUUGAUAUUUUUAGUAAAACAUUUUCUUAAGAGAUAAGAAAGUUGGAUUUAAAAACAAAACCCCCAGCAGCAGCAUCCGUUCCUUCCAAGCAUCGUGCAGUCAGUCAGGAAAUUUCCCUUCCAUCCUGUGGGGUCUCGGGGUUUGGGGUCUCUCCGUGUGCACGGGGAGCAGAGCUUCCCACUUCCUAGAGAGAGUGCAUCUCUUGGGAGUGACAAGGAGCGGAUCCAUUUCUAACUCUUGUAUCAUGUUAAGUGUUGUCUUAUUUAAUGUUUUUAUCUUGAUUUUCUAUCUAUAAAGAUUUUACCAUCAUGCUGAUGUCUCCAUAAUGUCCAAGAAAGUAGUUACAAACCCACCCUUUACAUCAGCUUCCAGUCGGUUCCAUUCAGAGCAGGAGCACUGCCCACUGCCGGGGCCUGCUUCCCCCCAAGCCAGACAGUUCACUCAGAACCCUGAGUCAGUUUCACAGGCCGUGCUGCUGACAUCCUCCGCACGGCUCCUCUGGAAGGAUGUCUUCCCAGGUAAGACGCAGGGCCUCAGUGUCCCCAUCCCCUCAGGGGCAGUUCAUGAUUAGAAAUCCUGUGGCGCUGCACGAAGAGUUCCCCGUGUGCCCUAGCUGGUGGCAGCUCCCCCACAGCUCCCCAAGGGCAGAGGUUGACACCCAGGCCACCACAGCACUGGUGCUCGAUGUGCUGAAGGCACUUUGUCGUUUGGAAUGUUUGACUGUUGUGGCUUCACUGCAUCACUUCUGCCUGGGUGGAGCUCUGGCCCUGACCUGAGGGAGCAGGCAGUGGCUAUGUCGCCAGCCAGGUGCACAGACAGCCAAGGGACCCCACCCAGCCUGUGAGAACAGCAGCUUCUCCCACUCAUAACCCUCAUGCAGCUGUAAAGUAGCCUGUGGCUGCCAGUGCUUUGGUUUUUCAAGGAACCAGAAGUUUGAGUUCUGUCAUGACAUUUUUCUUUUCUUUUUUUUCUUUUUUUUUUUUUUUUGGUUUUUCGAGACAGGGUUUCUCUGUGUAGCCCUGGCAGUCCUGGAACUCACUUUGUAGACCAGGCUGGCCUCGAACUCAGAAAUUCACCUGCCUCUACCUCCCAAGUGCUGGGAUUAAAGGUGUGCGCCACCACUGCCUGGCUUCAUGACAUUUUUCUAAUCAAAAAUGUGGACAGUCAAUCCAGACAUGCCCACUGAACAGGCUGCCCAUCUCAGCCUCUGCUGGGGUCUGUAACCUGCACAUGAGUGAACCUGUCAGCCAGCCCCGGAAGGCAGCAUCAGUCUCCCUUAGAACGACCAAAGUGAGGUGACCUCAGUGUGCUGAGCCUGCCUCAUGGUCCCUCUUACAGCACGGCCAACGCGUCCUGGAGACAGCAUCACCUCAACGUGAGGCUCACAGCUCGGAGGAAAAGCUCAGCGCUCCAGAGGCCUGCCCACUCUUGGAUACAUACAACCCUAAGUGCUGGAGGAUGUCCAGCAGGGCCUUUUAGAAAGGGGCCAGCCACUGCGAGCUCAGGCAUCCUCUCUGACAAGCUUUUCUGCGUGCUCCGAGGACGACUACUCUUCCUGGCAGGCUCCCUGGAGCUGGUUCCAGCCUGAGCUGGUUCCCACCAUCCCCAGGGAGAGCAGGCCUCUGUUGGAGGCUUCCGGGAAAAGAACUGUUAGAGGUGGAGUGGUGUCCUCCCGUUAAGUCAUGAAGAAGGACGCUGUCCUUGAGAAAUCAAAGAACAUGGGGCCAGUACAGUGUUUCCAGAUGCUCUCAAGAACACCAGAGUCAGUCCCAUGUCCUCAGGCUGAAGGCCCUGCGUGGAGGCCUGAGGAGACAGCAGGAGGGGCCCCACACGGUCCCCCCUGAGACCUGGGGUUAGAGCACACUGUUCCUGUAGGCAAAUGUGUUUUGUCUCAAAACUCACCCUGGCCAUUUUUGGGUUUUUUGCAUGUGGGUCUCAUCGCCUCGCAGGAGUGAGCUCUGCAUCCAAUCUGGCUGCUCUCUCCCCUCUCUGGGAUUCUGCCUUCCUGCCUGUGUACCCCACUUUCUAAGAUGGAGAGGAUGAAAACACAAUUAAUGGAGCAGGCCCUGCCUCAAGCUCUGUUCCCGGAAGGCACCGUGGCCUCAGCACCACGGUCUUUACUUGCCAAAGACAAAGUCCAGUGUUGCGUGUACUCGGGACUCUUAAUGGCACAGCGCAGGGGCUCUGCCCUGACCGCAGUGACCUCCAUCAUGGAAUGCAUCCUGAAAGCCACGUUUUUCAUCCUCCACGGCUUCCGUGGACUCGCAGUGCAGUUUCCUUUCCUUCCUUGUCCUAGCUGGCUAUCACCCACGCUCUUACAAAGCAAAGUGCUGCAUAGAGAAAAGAAGAUGCAUUGCAUACCUGGUGUUAAGCCCCCUCGCUCCUCCUCCUCUGGUGGCUUCUCAGUCAGCAUCCUGAAGUUACUGUAAAGUCCUUCUGGAAUCUGUGCCCCACUGGUUAUGCAAUAAAUCGUCUCUUUAA